GCAAGCGCGCACGGGAGGCGGGGCCUGGACGACUUCCGAGCGGCAAGCUGUUCGCUCGCGCCUUGUUUGGCCUGGGCUGGGGGGGUGUUCUAGUUUGCUAAGAUGUUGCGUGUGGUAAGCUGGAACAUCAAUGGGAUUCGGAGCCCCAUGCAAGGGGUGGUAUGCCAGGAACCCAGUAGCUGUGCCACCAUGGCCAUUGGGCGCAUUUUGGACGAGUUGGAUGCGGAUAUCGUCUGUCUCCAGGAAACCAAAGUGACCAGGGAUGUGCUGACAGAGCCCUUGGCUAUUGUUGAGGGCUAUAACUCCUAUUUCAGCUUCAGCCGCAACCGUAGUGGCUAUUCUGGUGUAGCCACCUUCUGUAAGGACCGCGCUACUCCAGUGGCUGCUGAAGAAGGCCUGAGUGGCCUGCUUGCCACUCAGAAAGGGGAUGUGGGUUGCUAUGGAAACAUGGAUGAGUUCACCCAAGAGGAGCUCCGGGCUCUGGAUAGUGAGGGCCGGGCCCUCCUCACACAGCACAAGAUCCGAACACAGGAAGGGAAGGAGAGGACCUUGACCCUAAUCAACGUGUACUGCCCCCAUGCGGACCCUGGGAAGCCUGAACGGCUGGCCUUUAAGAUGCGCUUCUAUCACUUGCUCCAGAUCCGAGCAGAAGCCCUCCUGGCGGCUGGCAGCCAUGUGAUCAUUCUGGGCGACCUGAACACAGCCCACCGCCCCAUUGACCACUGGGACGCAGUCAACUUGGAACGUUUUGAAGAGGACCCAGGGCGCAAGUGGAUGGACGGCUUGCUCAGUAGCCUGGGCUGCCAGUCUGGCUCCCAUGUAGGGCCCUUCAUCGAUAGCUACCGUUGCUUCCAACCAAAGAAGAAGGGGGCCUUCACCUGCUGGUCGGUGGUCACCGGUGCCCGCUAUCUCAACUAUGGCUCCCGGAUUGACUAUGUACUGGGUGACAGGACUCUGGUCAUAGACACCUUCCAGGCCUCCUUUCUGCUACAUGAGGUGAUGGGCUCUGAUCACUGCCCCGUGGGUGCGGUCUUGAACGUGUCCCCUGUGCCUGCAAAACAGUGCCCACCUCUGUGUACCCGCUUCCUCCCUGAGUUUGCAGGUACCCAGCUCAAGAUCCUUCGCUUCCUAGUUCCUCGUGAACAAGAUACUGUGUUGGAGCAGUCGGCACUGCAGCUCAGCAAUCAAAGCAAGGUACAGACGUGCCAAAACAAAGGCCGAGUACGCUCAACCAGGUCUCGGCCCAGUCAGGCUGGCUCCAGCAGAGGCCAGAAAAACUUGAAGAGCUACUUCCAGCCUUCUUCUAGCCACCCCCAAGCCUCUCCUGUCUUGGAGUUGCCUAGCCUGCCGGGCAUGGGUGCUCUGAUUACCCCAAAGACUUUGGAAGAGGAGACGUUGACCAAAGUGGCAGAGGGGCAGGCCAAGGCUUCAGAGGCCAAAGAUGAGAAGGAAGUACAGACUUCAUUCUGGAAAUCUGUGCUGGGGGGCCCCAUGCCCACACCCCUCUGUGGGGGCCACAGGGAGCCAUGUGUACUGCGUACUGUGAAGAAGCCAGGACCCAACCUGGGCCGCCGCUUCUACAUGUGUGCCAGGCCCCGGGGUCCGCCCACUGACCCCUCCUCCCGCUGCAACUUCUUCCUCUGGAGCAGGCCCAACUGAACCACCUGAGGCCUGGGGAUGUCUGGCAUGGUCACCCCUGCACGUGAUCUGAGGCCAGCUCCCCUCCUCCUGAGCUGCCAGUGCUGCCUCCAGACCUCCUUCCCUCCUCUUCCUCUCCUUCUCCCUCUCUUCUUUUUUCUCUUCCUCCUCUAAGUCUUCUCCUCCUCUCUCUUCCUGCCCCUCCUUGUUGCUGAGGUUCUUGUGCCUUAAUCCUGUGACCCAGUCCCCUACCCCACUUCCUACCUUCCUGUCACAAAUACAUGGGAACUUGCUGCCUCAGGAAGUUGUGAUUUUAAACCUUUUCUGUCCUUGCUGGGAAAUGUAUUUAUGUAUAAUGUCUAUGUCUUUGUUUCAGGGUACCACACUGAGUGGACAUUUUGGAUAUACUCCCUAGAGUUGAGUCAGAGAAGCCAUCUCAAUACUGGGUUUGCCAGCUGCCUGCAGCCCAGGGAUAUAACUUCUAGGGAGAGGGGAGGAGGGAGGGGUGGUGCUUACCAUAAAGGGCUCUGCUUGGUUGUAGGGGUUCCCUGCACUGCUGAGGUUGCAUUAGCAAGGGAGAUGGGCUGUGUAGCCUUAAACCAGAACUUCCAAACAAGUGUGUGCCAUGGCUGCCAUGAGUGGGUUACAGGAUGGAAAGAGAAGGGGCCCUCAGAGUUGCCAGGCAGGGCUGGGAUCAUACAAGUCUCAGGGAAGAUUGCUUCCUAGGCAAGCAAUGUCAUUAGUUUACCCAAGUUAGCCAUACAAAUGUUUCCUGUGUACUGUGACCUGAAAAGGUUGGGACCAUUGCCUCGAACAUGGUGCUCGCCAUGGCCAAGCCUCUUUUCUCACCUUGGAAAAUGGCUGGUGAGUUCUGUUCUUUAAGAUGCUGUGUGGGAGAAAGAGGAUGAUGGACAUUCAUUCCCUCUUCUGGAAAAUACCUCCUCAGUUUUGGGAAACUACUCCUUCUCUCCAAGCGGUUUGGUUAGGACUGACUCUUACCUCCUGGCUUCAGGGGCUUCCUGGGGCCCAAGUGUCCAGGUCUACCAGUGACGAGUCAAUCCCUGGGUUUUUGUUGAAUCAUUGGGGAGGAGCCAAUUCAAACAAGUCUGCCAAGUGUCCCGGCUCUUUGUGCAAAUCAUGUGUAGUGUUUGAGUAUUUCCUUCCUCUUUCUGGAUCUCAGUUUCCCUGUCAGUAAAAUGGGAUGGUCAGGCCAACAGGUGAUCUCUGGUUUCCUCAUGGGUCUGCUACUCGUCGGAGUUAGGAGUGCAGUUAUCUGUUCUUUGUCCAAUAAAAGGCUACAAAUGCU